UUUUUGGUUCGUUUCUCCUUUUUCAGUUUUUAGUUCCACAUUCUGUCUGCGCUACUGUAGAUGUGAGCCAUAAAACUUUAAACAACGAUAAUAUGGCUUCUGUGACUCACUGAUUUAUGGAACAUCACAGAAAUAACUACUGAGGAAAAAAAGUUGUGGAUGUCUUUGAUAAGAGGCUCUAAACAUCCAUUAUUCAAAGAUGGUUGGACUUGUGAUUUUUCUUCUCAUUGGCUCUUCACUGCAUGGUGUCCUGUGCAGUACGUUUCAGGUGUCCYUGGUGCAAACUGUACGGGUUUUGAGAGGAUCCUGUGUGACUGUCCCCUGCUCCUUUGACAUACCGAGCAAAUAYGAAGGCAACCUAAAUGAACAAUGUGAAGCAAAAUGGGUUGACAAGGAUGAAAGGAAUCCACAAUUGACAGAUACAAAUGCAGUGACAGGAGACCUAACAAAGAAAAACUGUACCACCACUUUUAGCAACAUGCGACCUGAUCACAGUAAUACUUACUACUUCAGACUGGAUUGCAGCAGUUCUCUAAGAGGAACAUUUACCAUGGCUGCUGUGACUCUCACUGUCACAGAUGAUCUUCCGUCACCAACUCUGACUCCAUCCACACUGGAGGUGAAUGAUGGAGACUCAGUGAAUCUGACCUGCUCUGCUCCGGUUCCCUGUCCGUCUCAUCCUCCAAAUCUGACAUGGACCCCCACACUGGGUUACAGUCAGGAGACACUGCAAGAAAACCAGGACAAAACGCUUGUUAAGACCUCUGUGCUGAACUUCAAUGCUUCCUACCUCCAUGAUGGAGAGAAAAUCUCUUGCACAUCUGUGUACAAGAAACAAGAUGGAAGCGCUGAUGCCUCAUUUUCCACAACAGCAAAUAUUUUGUGUAAGAUAAUUCGUCUGUUUSUAAAAUGUCAGAAUUAUGGCUUGAUUAAUAUUGUGGCCUACUUAUAWUUUUGGUAGAAAACAUGCUAAAAUAUGAUCAAUUCCUUAUUAUUGAAGAUUUUAACAUGAAUGCAUGCCAUUUUGACAAAUCAUUGAUUAAGGACCUUUAAAGUUAMAUUGAGUGUUAAUUUCUCAUUGUGGUGUCUGGAUAUUGUGCUCAUAUGCUGAACCUUCUCCUAACUUGUGAUUUAUCUGUUUCAAACAUGAUGGUCUUUGGUGUAGUACUUUCUGAUCAAAUGUGUUAUUACAYACUAAUUAUUCCAGCAGCUGUGUGAAAGCGUAUCUGCUGUGCAGCAGCAAUGUUUCGUCAAUCUGCUCACUGCUGCACAAUUUUCAUUAAGCAUUAAGAGGUAAUGUACAUUCAUGCCAUACCUACCUGAGAUAACUUUUUACGUUCCCUCUCCUUGGUUAUGUGGGCUGUAGCA